GAACCGUUCGAUUGUCGUCGAAUGUCGAGUUGAUGCUCGAUGUCAGCUGAGGGCGCCAGUGACGAAACACGGCCGAGUGGAGUGUCUUCGACGAUGGAGAUACACUUUCUUGGCUGAUGCGUAGUAAUCGUGCUCUCGUAAACCGACGCACGGCCGUGAUCGUUUUGUCCAUUUGUGGGUGACUGCGCUGCCGAAGAUGCCAUGAGUUUAGAGAGGUUGAAAAGCCGGCUCGGCUGCGCCGGGCUCGGGCAUCGCUGGUUCUACCGAUAAAUCGAUCCGAUGCGGCGGGUGGCGGCGGCGUUGUCAACGAAGGCGAGGCAGUCGCAGUGCUAUACCGUAUGCUUGUCAUGGCGGCAUGGAGGACGAGCAAUGAAAAUGGCCGGAAGAUGCGAAGGGGGCUGGUGGGAACGAAUGGUAAGGCCGAAUAGAAGGCAACGGUCCACGCGUUCUCAGCAGCCUAUCCUAGAUUUAUUUCCGUGGACGUUGCGCAAUAAACACGCUGCGCUGUUAGCUCAGCGCUUGAACGCUACCCCCUCGCUUCGGCCGCGAAGAGGUGCCAAGGGCUAAGGCCUUAUGUUUGUCCCGAAAUACCCGAAGUGCCCAAAAUCUCGCCCGGCGGCACUCGCGCAAACACGAUGACGAAUACUUCGUCGGGGGCAACAUUGUUCUUGUCAUUGCUGCUUCCGGAUUAUCUCGCACGGUUGACGUCGUUUAUCGCCGGGGAAAAAAAAAUGAACGAGAAAGGAAAGCAUCGGAUACACACUGACUUCAUCGAAUGAUGCAUCGCGAUCGUUAACGCGUUUGCAACGAUGUACACGCGCACAGCCGUGUGUAAGAUAAGAUUACGUAGGUGGGGCAAUCACGAUCAUCCUGAGAACGCAACGAGCCUAUCAGAAGUAAUUUUGCUACGCACAAUUCGUUGGUCGACUGUACGACCGGUAUAACCUAUUCACGCGAGAUUCAUCUCUGACAGUUCGAUGCCAUGACCGACACCGCUGCUGCGUGUCUGGUCAUCGCACUCUUAUUGAAUAUCAUUGGAAUCAGUGUUUCGGCUGAAUUCACGCGAGAUUGUUCGCCGUUGUGUGAGUGUGAUACUUGGUACGAGUUGCCGCGUGCUUCUUGCACGGGCCGCCAUCUUUACAACGUAGACACAGGUGCUCCAAGCAACGUGCAGGCCUUGGACUUGUCAGAUAACGUCGUGUCUUCUUUAAAUAAUUUCGAGUUGGCGAAUAUAGGACUGACGAAUCUGAGAUACCUUAAUCUUUCCGGGAAUACAAUCAGUGACAUUGAUUUAGGCGCAUUCCACGGCCUCGCUGACUUGACUGUUCUAGAUUUGUCGAAGAACCAUCUUUAUUCCAUUCCCGAUGACAUUUUCGUGAAUAACAAACAUUUGCAGAUUUUGAAACUAUCCAGAAAUCAUUUCAAUUCUCAUGUGCCGAAAUUACGAUCAUCUUCGAUCACGGAGAUAAGCUUGGACUCGUGUCAGAUUAGUCAUUUACCUCCGGACACGUUCAAUGGACUCACGCGCCUCCGCCGGCUUGAUCUUUCAAAUAAUUUGAUGAUUCAGAUGAGCAGCGCUGUUCUACAGACACUGCACUUUCUGAAGAAGAUAUCAGUAGAAGGAAAUCCAUGGUUGUGCAACAGAGUUGUACAGGAUCUACACACGUAUCUUGUGCACAAAAACAUAGAAUUCUCUGUAAUUUGUGGUAAGAAGUAUCCAAAGAAAUUUGAGAAGAUAGUUAUUGCUCCAGCAAUAAAGAAACCGACUUACCAUCAGUCGAUAAUUGCGAAUGCGACCGUUGUGGUUACCCAGAAGACUGAGCCUGAAGUCACAAAACCGUUAGACGAUAGAGAGAAAUCAAUAUAUAAGACAGUGGCAAAGGAAACAAAUAUUAUUAGUUUAUAUUGGUUUCUAGUUAUCGGUUUUAUUCUUGGUAUAGCAACUGGAAUGGUUUCUUCGUACAUAUGGUUGUCAGGAAAGUAUACUCAAUGUUGGAGACGAGACAAUUUUCUGAAUGACACCCAGAGACACUCUUUGCUAUUCAGUCCAUAUUUAUUAAAUAGUGUAGAUAGUAACGCAAGCCUAACAGAAUCUUGCCCUGGCACUCCUCCGCCAUCUUAUAGGGACGUUAUGUUGCGACCUAGCACCUAUCGUUGCCUGUCGAGAACAUCAAAUUUAAAUCCCGUUUAGUACAGUGUGUAAAUCACUCACAUAAUAGGAUUUUCUGAAUGUGUAUACAUUUAAGAAGAGAAUAAAAAAAGAAGUUAGUAAUAAAAAAUUGAAAAUCGCAAUGCACCGGUGACUUGCACGUAUUUUAAAUUUGUACUGAAAUGACGAUUAAUAUUUUCAUAAUGAUCAUGCAUGCAGGUCUAAACGCUCACGAUUAUCGUUGUCUUGUAUGAAUGCUUAGGAUUAUUAAUGUUAGUUAACGCUCACAAGACUGAUCAAUGCAGAGUAAUUGAAUUUCAGUAAGUUAAUUAACAAGAAUAUUUAUUAAUACAGAUGAUUUAUAAGCAUCGUAUAAGAGUAACGUAACAAUAUAACACCGGGAUAUAUUUUGUGGAAUAUACUUAUUACAAUUUAUAUUACAAUAUAUUAAAUGCAUUAUAACAAUCGGCGGUAUUAAGCCUUUUAAUAAAAUUGUAUUAUUAUACAAAUCUGUACUAAUCUCACAGCUUGUUAUAUGGUAACUCUGUUUAGUAUACAACAAUUUAGGCACAAUCAUUAUGAUUGCUGUCGGGUCAUUGCGUAGCAAUCAUAUUACUUUUAUCUACUUUUUGACUCGUACUUAACGUAACCGUCCGACACCCAAUGGCGGUUAUAAUAUUUUCCGUUACUUCGUGGUUGUAUCUUGUACCACGUAGAUUAGUUAUCACACUCGCGUCUUGGUUGAAGUCAUUUGAUACCAAACCAGCCGGAAGUCUCAUUUUAAUUUCGUCGAUGAUACCACUUUCUAUUUCUAAUGUUAGAUUAAACUGGCGACUUCUUCCAUCUUGAGCAACAAGGUCCAGUACACGAGUUACAGAGAAUCUUGGCGAUUUUCCGUAAUUCCAUUCCCAAGAACGGAACUGGUUUACUAAUUUGUUGAGUCCUUGUAACAAAAUUAUUUUUAAUUGUCAUUUUUAGAUUUCCAUUAAUUUAAUAGUUCUAAUAAUUCUUGCCACUUAUAUUAAGUUUUGGACUGAGCGAAUACUGUUUUCUAAAUACAACAAAUUUAUAUUUUUCAUGCAAGAUUCCAUGACAAUAUAUAAACGUAAUAUACAACAUAAUAAUUGUAACUUUUAAUAUCACAUACCUGGAAACCAAUCCUCAGUUGGAUUGAUGUACUGAAAUCCUUUCUGUUGUUGAAUAUGAUUUUGUCCACCAUCUUCUAAAACCAGUGCCUUCGUACGAAGAUAUUCCCAGCCAAUCGCAUUAAUAAGCUUAUCCAUGCUUAUGUGUGAGUUCACAUCUAUUAAAUUUUUUAUUGGAGACCGUACAGAUGCGGUGGCAUUAGUGUCUAUGUAAUCCUGUAAUAUUAUGAGCAAACUUGAAAUUACUUAUUCAAUACAUUUCAAUGUAACGAUAUACCAUUGAAACAAAGAGUAAUAACAUUUAUAAGCUAUGAUAAUAAUCAAACUUUUUUCAAUAUACUGUUCAAGACAGGCUGUGUAAGAUAAGACCAUAUACUUUUUUUUACUCCUUUUUCCUUAUACUGUUUCAUAUCGCCCGUCACAUGGCAACUGUUUUACGCGCAACUUAUCAUCCGAGACAUCCUGUACGCGCGUAGACUUUGC